UCUAUACACCACACGAGCUUUGUCUUUUUUUUUUUCUCAACGUCUUCCUCAAAAUGAAGCUUUAUUGGGUUUGGGUUGUUAUACCCUUUCUUCUUCUUCAAGUAGUUAAUGGGAUCUUAGGUUUUAACGAAACAGAGCUAUCUUUUAUUGAGGCCUACGACUAUGGAAUCUCCAAACUUAAUCACAAUCCUCUCAUGGUUGGAUUGACUCUCAUUACAAGUGCUGCAGCUAAAGGAGCAGUCUGCCUGGAUGGAACUUUGCCUGGUUAUCAUUGGCAUCGUGGAUAUGGAUCAGGAGCUAAUAGCUGGUUGAUUCAAUUGGAGGGAGGAGGAUGGUGCAAUAACAUUAGAAUUUGUGUCUACCGCAAAAAGACACGACGCGGAUCAUCGACGUACAUGGAAAAGCAGAUACCGUUUACCGGAAUAUUGAGUGAAAAAGCUGAAGAAAAUCCUGACUUUUUCAAUUGGAACAGAGUAAAGCUUCGUUACUGUGAUGGUGCCUCUUUUACUGGGGACAGUGAAAAUAAGGCUGCUCAACUGCAAUUUAGAGGCCAACGUAUAUGGUUAGCUGCAAUGGAAGAUUUAAUGUCAAAAGGAAUGCGCAACGCGAAGCAAGCUCUUCUUUCUGGGUGUUCUGCAGGGGGUCUGGCAUCAAUUUUGCACUGUGAUGAGUUCAGGAACAUGUUCCCGACAACAAGUAAAGUUAAGUGUCUGAGUGAUGCCGGUCUAUUCCUUGAUGCGAUUGAUGUGUCAGGUGGUCACACACUUAGGAGUAUAUACAGCGGCGUGGUGGGCUUGCAGGGAGUGCGACAUAACUUGCCACGCAUGUGCAAUGUCCACCACGAUCCAACUUCGUGUUUCUUUCCUCAAAACCUGAUCAGCAAUGUGCAUACGCCACUGUUUAUUCUCAAUGCAGCCUAUGAUUCUUGGCAGAUCCAAUCCAGUAUAGCUCCACCAUCGGCCGAUCCACUUGGUCUUUGGCAUGAUUGCAGAUUGAACCAUGCAAAAUGUUCUGCAUCCCAGAUUAGGUUUUUACAAGGCUUCCGGAUACAGAUGCUUAAUGCAAUCAAAGGGUUCUCGAUGUCUAGACAGAACGGAUUAUUUAUAAAUUCAUGUUUUGCUCACUGCCAAACCGAAAGGCAAGACACAUGGUUUGCUGGUAAUUCUCCUAGAAUUAGAAACAAGGCAAUUGCAACGGCUGUUGGAGAUUGGUAUUUUGACAGAGCAGGCGUGAAGGUCAUCGACUGCCCGUACCCUUGUGACAACAGUUGUCACAAUCUGAUUUUCAGCUGAGCCAAUUAUGCAUAUUAUUAGGUGGUUGGUUUGUAUACAUAUACGCGAUAUUUGUGGUCACAUUUAGUUAUUUGAAGCAUCCUGCAAUCCAAUGAAAUGGGAUAGCGAGACAAUAAAUAGAGAAGGUUGCUGAAAAAUGCAGUAAGCAAAUCGUUUUGGAAUUCAAUUUUAUUCCCACUCUGCAGAACAAGGUGAGAAACCUUAUUCUGAUGAUUGAAUCCAAUCCAAAUGCAGACUAAGUUUCAGAACGGAUGCCAUA